AUGGAUACGGCACUUAACAAAGCGAAAGGCAAGCAGAAGGCUACAGAGGAGUAUUUUAAUCAAGAGGAUGAAGAAGAACAACAGCUUUUCAGACCUGCUAAUGGUAAUGAACCUAAUUCAGUUGCUAUUUGGGGAAAAUGGGAUCCUGAUGCUAUUGGUCCUAUUUACUGCAACUUUAACAUUUCAGAUCCAUUUGAUGAUCAUAUGAGCUCUCCUGCUUCUGAAGAAGAAUCUGUUGUCUACGAUGUGGUAUUCGGAAACCAAUUCAAACUUAUUCUGUAUUCAAAUGGGGAUCUUUACUCCUGGGGACUUAAUUCUAAAGGAUGCCUUGGAAGAAGAGACAGACGCAAUGAGGGAAGAUCAAAGCUAGGGAAAGUCAAUAUACCAGAAGGAGUGCAAGAAGUAAGAGUAGGAUCUAACCAUGUUCUUGCUCUUACUUUUAAUGGAUCAGUAUAUGCAUGGGGAGACAAUGAAUUUGGACAGGUUGGGGUCAAACCAAGAAUGAAGAAAGAUGAAAAAUAGAAAAAGAGAUAUUAUCUAUGAACCUGUUAAAGUUUAUCCUUCGAAAAAUAAAGAAAAAUUCAAAAAGGCAAUACAAAUUGAAGCAUACAAUAACACUUCGUUCUUGCUGGCUGACUUCUUUGGUUCAGCUGGAGAAGAGAACGAAAAAGUAGAGGAAACAGACACCGGCCGUUCUAUCUAUGGAUGGGGUAGAAACGAAUGAGGCCUCCUCUUCAAUAAGAAGGACAAGUACCGUCCUUGGAAAAUGCCUAUUGAAGCAAAUGAAAUUUCCAGAAUCGCAGUAAAGCAUGGCUACUUCUUUGCAUAUAAAUAUUUCAAAAACGAAGAUGAAGAGUUCAAAAGACAAGACAUGGGAGAAGGUGAAGAUGGCUCAGAAGCAAGAGAUUACGUUCCAGAUAACCUAGACCCAGGCAAAAUGAACAAUUUCGGUAUGAAUAAGAGAAAGGAAGAAAAUAAGAACAAGAAUAAUCUUGAAGUUGGCUCUCAAAGAUCGUCUAAGUCUAGAAACUCUAGGGUUUCUUCCAUGUCUAGACAAUCAAAUGCAGGGAAGAAAAUGAGUGAGUUAGACCAGAUGAAAUAAGGAAAUAAUGCAAUGAGCUUGAGAUGUGCAAGAGAAGCUAAAACUUGUAGAAAAUGAGUAUUCAGAAGUGGUGAAGAAGAUCACCAAUCCAAAUGUCAACUACGACGAAUUAUUAGACCAAGAUGAUGAUAUUGACCAAGAGGAUGAAAACGGAAUAAAUGGCCAAGAUGAAAAUUUUGCACCUGAAAAUAGUGAAGACAUACUUGGCAAAAUCGUCGGAGAAUAUGUUUCCCCAUGGAAUAGGUUAAAUAUAAAUCAAGAUGAAAACAACCCAGAUAAAAAGAUGAAGUUUGAUGAAAUGUGGGGAUCAAUGGUGAGAUAUCUUCACUUAAAUAUUUGCCCAUUCAAAGAAUCAGCAAAAGGAGGACAGGAAAUGUACAAACUUUUAGAAGAGGCAAUGAGGUUAUAAUGAAAAUAACAGCAUCAAGAAUUGAAAUUAGUUCAAAAAAGCAUGUUAAAACCCCUGAGGAGAAAAAGGAGCUUGACAACAUGCUUAAUAUAAUCAAACAAGCCAUUUUACUUAAAAAGAGUAAUAUAAUCGGCCUUAAGAUGAGAAUUUACAUGGAGAGGCAGAAGGCUUGUAAUAGUCUAGAGUUUCUCAGAAAAAUUCAAGAGAGUAAAAUUAAAUCGACUUUAAAUAAGAGCGAAUUUGAAUACAUUUGCAUCCUUAAUCAGAAAAUCAAAGAAGAAAUUGAAGAUAUGGAAACAAUAAAGCAAUAUCAUUCAAAAAUGGAUGCAGCUACAAGCUGAGUUGCUGGGUUUAUGUCUUCCAUAACUUACAUGAACGCUGAUCUCUGGCAAACUGUAAACUUGCUGACUCUGACAACUCAUAUGCUGGUGCAAGAAAAGAAAAAGUUCGAUUCUACAGAAGAUGAGAUAAAUGAGUGUUAUAUUAUCUUUGAGCUACUACAGAAGACAGAUUUUGAUGUCCUAUACCAAAAAUAACAAAAAUAAAUGCCGUGACAAAAACUCUAAAGAAAAAUUCGAAUUUCUUGAAAAGAUUGCUGAUGAGGAACUAAAUGAUUACGAAUGACAAAUCAGGGAAAAAUGUGGUCACAAGCCUGACACUGAGACUAAACAAGAUAUACUGGACAUGGUUUAUGAGAUCAUACUCGACAACAUCAUGCUCAGAAAGUUGCUGUACAGUGCUAAUAGAAAGUUGAUCGUCAUGAUCGAAGAGCUUGAACAAAAGGGUACACUUGGACAAGGUGGUCAUUAAGAGUGUUUAUGAGCAUAAGAAUGGCUUUCAAAAUAUAAC